AUGGAUAAUCCAGACCUGAAGAAACAGAUACUUGUUUGUCACAAGAACGCUACAAGAAAUUCAUUCCGCAUUCACAUUUCUUUCAACCCAUCUCUGCAAAUAUUUUCUUCUUCAUUUUCUUCAUUGGAUAGGGAUAGUAUGCGUGAACGAUCCGGAUCAAUUCCUUCUACACGUGCUAUGCUUCCGAUAUGUCCGUCGUUGACGCCUUCACAGGUGGCAGCGAUUCGUAGAUCCUGGAAACAUAUCAAUACCAAAGGGCUGGUUACUGUACUUUCUCGCGUCUUUCAGCGGCGACAAUUUACUAAAUGCGAAGAAAUGUGUUUGAGCGCUAUGAUAGCAAAUUUUAUGUAUCGUUCGGAUCUUUAUAUGUGUAAGCCUGGUAUCACAGCAAGAAGGUGUUACCGUUAUGCUUGCGACAGUAUUCGCGGAUAUCCUGUAGUUGAGCGAUAUGCGUGUCCUAAACUUUGUUAUUUCGUCGUUUCUGAAAUACAGAAAUAUUCAAAAUUCAAAGGUCCUCUGGUUGACAAUAAUGGAUGGGUAGACCAUUAUCAUGAAUAUUGCACGACUCCUGCUUACGAGGAGUUCAAAGCCUACGGUAGCACCGACCUUGGCCACUACUUGUUGUGA